AUGACUUCAGAAGAAAUUAAACUUGCUCCAAGUCAAUCGACUGUAUAUUUAUCAAAUAUUCCAUUUAAUUUAACAAAUAAUGAUAUACAUAAAUUAUUUGAUGAAUUUGGCAAAGUUGUUAAAGUAACAAUUGUUAAAGAUCGUGAAACUCGUCAGAGUAAAGGUGUAGCUUUUAUUCUAUUUCUUUCACAAGAUGAAGCUACUCGAGCAAUCGAAGCAUUUAAUGGCAAAGAAUUAGAAGGACGAACAUUAAAAUGUAGUUUAGCAGUUGAUAAUGGUCGUACAAGAGAAUUUAUUCGUAAACGUGAAUAUCCAGAUAAAACUAAAUGUUUUGAAUGUGGAGAAUCAGGUCAUUUAAGUUAUGUAUGUCCAAAAAAUACACUAGGUCAUCGAAUACCACCUGUUAAGAAACGAAAGAAAAUCAAAAAUAAAAUAAGAUCCGACUCUCCAAAUGAACCAGAUUCAAAUGACAGCGAUGAUACAUUAGCUUCAAUUAUUAUGUCUCAGGAUCAUCAAACAAAAACAACGACAACAAUGGAUACUAUACAACCUAAAAGAAAACGUUAUUGUCAAUCGUCAUAUUUCAGUGAUGAAGAGGAAGAAUUAAUUGAAUAA